CCCAAAAAGUGUGUGGCUUCCCUUCGCUAGCAUCCCAUCCUACGUCCGCUCUCCUUCGUUGUAGUAUGCUUCCUUGUGCUUUGCUUUCCCAUUUGCUCCUUUCCUUCUUUCCUUCCAUUUCCAUUCUGAUCAAAUUUUAGGACACCAAUUACCAGCUUGAUUUCUUGUAUAACUAUAUUUCGUGCAUUCUCGAUGGGAUUGCCAGGAUAGGGUAAGGUUUCCAUUUGCAUGGGAAAGAGGGAGGAGCGAAUCGUGCUGCCCAAUCUCUCUUUCCCAUCCAUAUCAAUUGAUUUUUCUUCUUGUUCCAAUUGCAAAUUUAAUCGGAAAGAAGAGCGGGAGAUUCCGCGGUUUCUUGAUUUUCAGCAAGAGGAGGAGAGGUGGUGCUCCAAAAGAAAUUAUCGGAUCAUCAUCUGAGUCAAUUCUUUUGUGUGGGAGAUUGAAAGGCUUGUAGCAUGGAGAGUACUACUACACCAAGAGGGAAUGAAACAAGUGAAUUAGGAGCAAAUGAUGGUGAAAGCAGCUCGAGGAACAGCCAACCCAACAACAUUGAAGAGACUAAUCCCCUCCCAGAGGUCAGUAAUGAUGAUGCAGUCCUGAUCAUAGGACAAGCUAUUGAAUUGAAGGAUGAGGGGACGAGGCUAUUCCAGAGAAGGGACUAUGAGGAGGCAGCCAUCAAAUUUGGCGAGGCGAUAAAGCUCCUUCCAAAGGAACACAAUGAUAUCGCCUUUCUCCACUGCAACGCUGCUGCUUGCUACAUGCACAUGAAUCCUGAGGACCUUGAUCAUGCAAUUGAGGAGUGUAAUCUGGCAUUGGAGGCAUCACCAAAGUAUACGAAAGCAUUACUGAAAAGAGCACGGUGUUUCGAAGCACUGGAUAAGCUGGAUCUCGCUUGCAAGGAUGUACAGAAGGUGCUGAGCUUAGAACCAAGCAAUGUAACUGCAUUGGAGCUAUCAGAGAGUAUCAAGGAGCUGAUGGAGGAGAAAGACGUUUUGCUGGAGAAACAGAUUGUUUCGCCUGUGGCUGAGGAGCCUAAGGCUAUUUUAGCAAAAGAUAAGAUCAAGAGGAAGGUAUCCCGCAAAUUCAGAAACUCCAUAGUUGAGGAAGAGGUGUGGGAAAUGAUUCAUGAAGAGGAUAUGCAAGAGGAUGAUGAGGCUGCCGAGGAAGAGAAAUGCAAUGGGAACAACCAUGUGCAGAAUGAUGCAAGACCCGAAGAAAACGACACUGAGCAGAUGCACAUAAAACAAAACCGGAGCAGCGAAGAGAAGUACAGAGAGGAGACCAGGCCGAAGCAAGGGCAGUGCAGUCGAGGAGCCAGCAACGAUGGGAAGACAGUACUGCAGCAUUCUUCACUGAAUAUGGAAGAGAUGUGUGUCAACCUGAAGCAUGGUAAAGAGAAGCAUCAGAAGCAUCUUAAAGAGAUACAUGUUAGAGGCAGUCAUGGGCAGGAAACCCAUCCAUUCUGUAGUGGUGUGGACAAACGCCAAAAGCAUAUUGAUCAGAUACAAACCAAUAGUCUCGGCAUGCAAGAAAAGCACACGGACAAGUUUGAAAGGUAUGCCAACGGCAGCCGAGAAAAGCAUUUUCUAGACAGGCAUAUUGGUCGUGGUGAGGAUAAGCAGGAAAAGCGAUCCACGCUCAAGCCAACAAUCCAUGGUAGAGACAAGCAUAAGAAUCACAAAGAUGUUAACAAGAGGGCAAUGAAGAGCGUGAAGUUUGUUUGUGGAGAUGACAUACGGAUCGUUGUAAUUCCAGAACAUAUAACUCUGAUGCAGCUGAUGGACAUAGCUCGCUAUAAGUACACUCCUCACUUGAAGUCAAUCCUUCUUAAAUUUAUGGACAAAGAGGGUGACUUGGUGACAAUUACCUCAACUGAAGAACUGCGAUGGGUUGAGGAACUAGAUCCACUAAAGCCUGUCCGAUUGUAUAUAAAGGAGGUAAGUCCUGAUCGUGAGAUCACUAGGGAUCUUGUCAUGCCCACUACCUCCUACAGUAAGUUAGAAAGAAAUCACAAUUCCAUGUCUGAAUGUGGAAGUUCUAGGCAUGGCGGUGAAAAGAAUUCUUAUACAGAUGACUGGAUGGUACAAUUUGCCCGUCUAUUCAAGUAUCAUGUUGGUUUUGAUUCUGAUGCAUAUGUGGAUCUACGUGACCUCGGUAUGAGGCUGUACUAUGAAGCCAUGGAAGAAACCAUCACAAGUGAAGAAGCCCAGGAGAUAUUUCAAUCCGCGGAGGCAAAAUUUCAGGAAAUGGCAGCUUUAGCAUUGUUCAAUUGGGGCAACGUCCACAUGUCUCGUGCAAAGAAGCGAUUACUUUUAUCUGAUGAUGCUUCACAGGAAUCAAUACUUCUGCAGGUCAAAAAUGCAUAUGAAUGGGCAUGCGCUGAGUAUGUCAAAGCUGGGAAAAAGUUUGAGGAGGCAGUGGACGUAAAACCAGACUUUUAUGAAGGUCUCAUUGCACUCGGACAGCAACAGUUUGAGCAAGCAAAGCUUUCAUGGCGUUACGCAGAUGCAUGCAAGAUAGGAAUGGGAACCGAAGUCCUUGAACUAUUCAACCAUGCUGAGGACAAUAUGGAAAAGGGGAUCGAAAUGUGGGAAGGAAUAGAAUAUCUGCGUGUAAAAGGACUAUCUAAAUCCAAAAAGGAGAAAGUUUUACUGGAUAAAUUGGGUUUGAAUGGACAUUUAAAGGAGUUCUCAGCAGAUGAAGCGUUUGAGCAAGCUUCAAAUAUGAGAUCACAGCUGAACAUUUCAUGGGGUACCAUUCUCUAUGAGCGUUCGGUAGUGGAAUUCAAGUUAGGAUUAUCCAGCUGGGAGGAAAGUCUUACUGAAGCAAUCGAAAAAUUUAAGACUGGGGGAGCAUCUCUGCCUGACAUCAGUGUGAUGAUAAAGAACCACUGUGCAAAUGAGAAAACGCAGGAAGGAUUGAGCUUCAAGAUUGACGAGAUAGUUCAAGCAUGGAAUGAAAUGUAUGACGCUAAGAAGUUAAAAAAUGGUGGUUCUUCUUUCCGUUUAGAACCUUUAUUUCGAAGAAGGCCUUCAAAGCUGCAUAAUAUAUUAGAGCACAUACAUUACACUUGAGGUUGUAUAUCUGACAUAGGACUUGGAUGCUGUAAACAUGGAUAGGAAAGUUGAGACUUAUUUCUUUCUGAAAAAGACUGGUUAUUUUACGGAACUGGAGUACAUUCAUGCUUCCCCCACCAAGUGAUCUUCCCAUUCAAGCGAACAGAACUGCUAGGAAGGCAAAUUAUAAAGUGAAGAUGAUAUUUCACUAGCUUCCCACCUAUUUCAGAUGUGCAAAUGUCCAAGUGUGUACUCAUAGAAAAAUAGGAAGGCUCAGCUAAAUUGUAACUUUUUUGUAGAUGAAACACGAUAGUGAAUUGUUCAUAGUUCUCAAUUGCGUGAAAGUUAUGUAAUUUGUUGGAAAUAUUUUGUUAUAUGCAGCAGCGAUAAUCGAUAAAUAAUACAUAUCCAACUGAUUACUGAUAAC